AUGAUCAACUCCACACAUGGCUCAUAUUUCACUCUGGGAGCCUACAUGGAAACAGGGCUUCUCAAAUAUCUCUUUUUCCUGAUAACUCUGACUUUGUAUGUUUUAAUAAUCUGUGCGAACCUGUUCCUCAUCGUGGUGAUCUGUAUGAACAGAAGUCUUCAUGAACCCAUGUACAUCUUCCUGUGCAGCCUGUUUGUAAACGAGCUGUUUGGUAGCACAUGUUUGUUUCCUCUCCUCCUGGUUCAGAUUCUCUCAGACGUUCACACUGUGUCUGCUCCUCUCUGUUUCCUGCAGAUCUUCUGCUUGUACUCUUACGGGGCAGUCGAGUUUUUUACUUUAGCCAUCAUGUCUUAUGACAGGUAUCUUGCUAUUUGUUAUCCUCUACAUUAUAACACAUGUAUGACCCCCAAUAAGAUUUCUAUGCUCACUGCUCUGAUCUGGCUGUACCCAUUCUUUAUCAACGCUGUCAUCGUGUUUGGUCUGACCUUUCCUCUGCAGCUGUGUGGGAACAUCAUCAACAAAGUUUAUUGUGACAACUAUUAUGUGGUCAAACUGGCGUGCUCUGACACAACGCUCAAUAAUGUGUUUGGACUUAGUCACAUGUUUACGGUGAUCUUUGGUCUUAUCGUUCUAAUCAUUUACACGUACAUCCGGAUCCUCCACGUGUGUUUCUGUGGAUCCAAGCAGACAAGGCAGAAAGCCGUCAGCACCUGCACACCUCACCUGGCCUCUCUGCUCAACUUCUCCUGCGGCUGUUUCUUUGAGAUCGUCCAGAGCAGGUUCAACCUUUACAAUUUACCAAAUAUGUUGCGUGUUUUUUUGUCCUUAUACUGGCUCACAGGCCAACCACUUGUUAACCCUUUGCUGUACGGGUUGCAGAUGUCUAAAAUACGCAUGGUCAGUAAAAGUCUGUUCUUUCGUGAAACUCAGUGACCAAACGUAGAAA